AUGAGCUCCACUGACGAAAAUACUGGUGUUGUAAGUUAAUUUUUUUCUACAGAAUUUUUUUCCGGUUUUUCAACGAAAUUUCUUAUCAAUUUUAUCAUUCAACCUUUAAAAAUCAGGCAAUUUUUAAAGGUUUUUGAUAUCAUUGAACAUUUUUUUGUGGGAAAUGUAUAUAAAUAGCGAUUUUGAUCAGUUUCUAGGCUUCUAGACGACUUGAAACUUUCUGGUGACCUAGUUUAGGUUUGCUAGUCCACCAUUUUGGAUUUCUAGGCCGUCCAAACCUUUAUUUAGUUUCCUAGGCCAUAUUUCAAUCGAUUUUUGUCCAAUUACCCCUCAAAAAUCCGAUUUUCCACUUAAUAAACCAGUUUUCCCCGCCCAAAAUUUCAGCGUUCAUCAUAACAACAACAUUUUUCAAUUGUUUUUGUGGCAAAAAAGUUUUUUUUUGUCAAAAAAAACAUCUUUUUAGUAUUGUGUUGAAAAAAAAGCUAUACUUUGUUCUUCUAUUUUUUUGCACAGUUGUUUUCUUCCCGCUUUUUCUCUCUAAAUCUCUCCCGAAUUUAUCUAUUUCGCAUCCCCCAUCACCACCAAAAAAAACGAAAAUAUUUACUUGUUUUCGUCCGAUUUUCGUAGGCUAUACUACAUAAAAACAAUGCACGUGGCCUAGAAAAUCCAAUGAAUAAUGAAUUUUCUAGGCCACGUUGUAGUCUUCUCGUGGCACCGCCCAUUUUUUAAUUGCCAAAAAUUAUCAUUUUUAUUGUUUUUUUUUUUGGUAAACAAACCGGUUUUUGGUUGCAGAUUGGCUCAAUUUAUCGAUUUUUCUCAACUACACCACAAAUUAUGGCGCCAAAAAAAGUGACGAUUAUUGGAUCGGGAAAUUGGUGAGAUUUUGGGGUUUUGACUGGAAAUACUCCAAAUUUUUAGAAUUUUCAUGUGGGAAUCUUGAAAAUUGCUGAAAUUUUGUCUUUUUGGUGAAAAAUCUGGAAAAAAUCUGAAAUUUAACGUUAAAUUUGGGAUUUCCGAUGAAAUUAUCUGAAAUUCAUAAUCAAAAGGCUGCAAACAAACUAAACUUCUGAAAAUUUCGGAUUUCCAGCUGAAAAACAAGAUUUUUGAGUAUUUUUUGACAUGGAAAUGAGAUUUUUCAUGAGAAUUUCAAUUUUUUGCUGAGAAUUUGAGAAGUAUUAGAUUUUUUCACUCUGAAAAACCUAUUUUUCACAAAAAUCCCCCAAAUUCCCAUUUAUUCCAGGGGUUCCGCGAUCGCUCGAAUCGUCGGAAACACCACCAAAGCCUAUCCACAAGAAUUCGAUCCCGAAGUUCGAAUGUGGGUUUUCGAAGAAGUUGUGAAUGGCGAAAAAUUGUCGGAAGUCAUCAAUACGAGACACGAGAAUGUCAAAUAUUUGCCGGGGAAAAUUUUGCCGACUAAUGUGGUAGGGAUUUUGGGAUUACUGAAGGAUUUCCGGUCAUUUUGAGACCCCACAUGAGUAUGCUCCUUUAAAAUUCGGAUUUUCUGGGUCUCGACACAAUCCAGAUCAAAUUUAAAGGAACAUAGCCAUGUGUGGUCUUAAAACGACCAGAAUUCCACCUGGAACACAGCGCUACUGGAUUUUUCAUGAAAUUCUGAGAAUUUUAACACCAAACACUACUAUGUUCAAUUAAAAUCCAAUUCUUCGCUGCGAGACCUAAAAAUUUCAUUUUUAAAGGAACAUGUGCUUGUGAGAUCUCUAAAUGCUCAGAAUUUUAUGAGUAAUGGAUUCCACGUGGAAUUUUCGAUAAUUAGGAUACCCCGCAACCCUAUGCGCCUUUAAAAUCCAAUUGUUCCAGGUCGCAGUCACAGAUUUGGUCGAAUCCUGCGUCGGAUCACAUCUUCUCGUCUUCGUCGUCCCACAUCAGUUUGUUAAAGGUACAUCCCUUUCUCCUCCUACAGUACCCCCUCUUUUCGUUUCAGGAAUCUGCGAGAAAUUGGUUGGCAAAAUUCCAACUGAUGCCCAAGCUAUCUCCCUUAUUAAGGUAAGUGCAAUUUUUGGCGCGAAAAAUUUUACGCAUUUUUUGUAGUGAUUGUGCCUAGUUUAGGGUAUUUCAUUCGACGUCACACAGUUAGAAGAAGAGGUAUUUUCAGAGAAAAUAACAAGAAUUCUAAUAAAAACUACAGUAACCCGAUCGUUUUGAGACCAAACAUGAAUGUGUUCCUUUAAAUUCGGGUCCCACCACGAUUAAAAGGAACAUAGUCUUAUUUACUUUCAAAAAAAACGCCAAUUUUUCCGGGAAAAAAAUAAUUUGCAUGAAAAAUCACUCACAGCAUCCGGAAAAUAACCAAAUUCUCUCAAAAUUUCCCGCCAAAAACCACAAUUUUCCAGGGAGUCUCCACCGAGAAAAAGGGAGGACUCAAGCUCAUCUCCGAAGAGAUCAAAGAGAUUCUCAAAAUCGAAGUCAGCGUUUUGAUGGGAGCGAAUUUGGCGCCAGAAGUCGCCAAUGACAAUUUCUGCGAGGCCACAAUUGGUAGGUUCAUGGGAAAUUUGCAGAAUUUUGAAUAUGCUCCUUUAAAUGGGUCUCGCCAGGAAAAUUGUGAUUUUAAAGGGACAUGGGCUUGUGCGGUGUCAAAAUGGCCGGGACAAUGUGGGAAAUUCAAAUUCCUGGUUGGAUUUGGGUUAUUUUGAUACCAAACUUAAAUAUGCUCCUUUAAAUGGGUCUCGCCGCGAAAAUUGUGUUUUUAAAGGAACAUAGGCUUGUGCGGUGUCAAAAUUACCAGGAUUUCCUGGGGAUUGCAUUCUACGUGGAAUUCUGAUGUUUUUGAUACCAAUAAAGCUCAUGUUUCUUUAAGUUUGGAUUUUUCGUGGUGAGAAACAAUUCUAAAGGAACAUGGAUUAUUUGGUAUCAAAAAAUUCGAUUUUGCUCGAAAAUACCCAAAUUUGUGCUCAAUUUUUCCAAUUUCAGGAUGCAAACGAAAAGCCACCGACGGUCCUCUUCUCAAAAAACUCUUCCACACUGAAAAUUUCCGCAUCAACGUUGUCGAAGAUGCGCAUACUGUAGAACUCUGCGGAGCCCUCAAAAAUGUCGUUGCUUGCGCCGCUGGAUUCACGGAUGGAUUGGGAUAUGGUGAUAAUACAAAAGCGGCGGUUAUUCGAUUGGGUUUGAUGGAAACUACUAAGGUACGGUGGAUUUUUUGAGUCUUUAGGGGAAUUUUGGGGGAUUCCACGUGGAAUUUGGAGCAUUUUGAGUAUAAAUAUGACCAGGUUACUGUAGAGAGGGAAAUUUGGAUGAUUUUAAUACCCCACAUGCAUAUAUUCUACAGUAACCUGUAUUUUUGACGGGAAAUUUGAAUUUCAAAUUUUUGCCCUACUUUUUUCCCAAUCCACCUAAUAUUUUAUAUGAAAAUACUCCAAAUUUCACGAAUUUUUCGAAAUUUUCAAAGGAACAUACAGUAACCCAUCUAUUUUUGCAGUUUGUCGAACAUUAUUAUCCCGGAUCAAAUCUUCAAACAUUCUUCGAAUCUUGCGGAAUUGCCGAUUUGAUUACAACUUGUUACGGUGGAAGAAAUCGAAAGGUAAACACUGAACAUCAAGGAAUCUCAAAGGAAAAUCGAGAAAAUCAAGAUUUUCGGGUAAAUUGGUACCCCUCUGUAUUUUUAAACAAAUUUUGUCUGAAAAUUGGGAGAUUUUGGGCAGGAAAUGGGCAAUUUUAGACCAAAAAUUUCAAAUUUCCCACCAAAAAAUCGCAAAUUUUUUGCAGGUUUGUGAAGCUUUCGUAAAAACCGGAAAACCAUUGGCCGAAGUCGAAAAAGAGCUUUUAAAUGGACAAUCUGCGCAAGGACCAUUAACUGCGGAAGAAGUGUUUUUGAUGAUGCAAAAAACUGGAUUGGAAACUAAGUAAGUCUUUUUUGGGUCUUGACACGGAAAACAUUGAAAACGUCGUGAAAUUUGGAGCAUUUUGAGUGGAAAUUUGGGUAUUUUUGAGCUUGGAUUACUGUAGGUUUUUUGGCGCGAAAAUCAUGAGAAUUUCAAAUUUUAAAAAUCUACAGUAACCCAAAUUUGUUAAUUAUUAAUUUGGAAAAUCCACGUGGAAUUUUCGCGCUAAAAAUUCAAAUUUCAAAAAAAAAUUGGAAAAUUCAAUUUUUUAAAUUUUUGAAUUUCUUUUUUUUUUUUUGAAAAUCAGUUAAGUCUACAGUAACCCUUGAAAAAUCCACGUGGAUUUUUAUUCUUCAAAAUGUGUUUUUUUUUGCGCGUAAAUCCAAUAUUUUAAAAACUUCCCAAUUUCUUGAAGAAACUCAAAAACCCACCGAAUUUCCACUCAAAAUGCUCCAAAAAUUGCCACGUUGCAGAAUUUCCCCAACCAUUGCUCAUAUUAAUGCAUCGUCCAAAGUGAAAAAAAAAUGCGAAAAAUCAAAAAAAAAAACGUCCAAACUGACGCAUUUUUUUUCGCAGAAAUCGCAUUUUUUCGAGCACUUUUUUCGCGUUUUCUUGUGUUUUUCGAGUCAAAAUGGACAGAAAUUGAAAGAAUUUGUCUGAAAUGGUGUUUUUAUUGAUACUGGAGAAAAAAUCAAUGAUGAAACAAGAAAAAAAACGAUUUUGAAAAUUUCAAAUUUUUUCGACUUUUUCGACAUUUUUUCGACAAACUAAUUUUUCAUGUUUCACCGUUGAUUUUUCCUCCAGUAUCAGUAAAAACUCCAUUUCAGACAAAUUCUUUUAAUUUCUGUCCAUUUUGGCUCGGAAAACACCAGAAAACGCGAAAAAAGUGCUCGAAAAAAUGCGAUUUCUGCGAAAAAAAAUGCGUCAGUUUGGACGUUUUUUUUGAUUUUUCGCAUUUUUUUUUCACUUUGGACGAUGCAUAAAUCAAUUUCAUUUUGCAGAUUCCCCCUCUUCACCGCUGUUCAUCGAAUUUGCAAAGGUGAAAUGAAACCGGCUGAAUUGGUCGAUUGUCUUCGUAAUCAUCCAGAACAUUUGUAG